UGCUCUUCUCAUUCAUUCAAUAGCUUUAUUGGGUUUCGCAAAUUUGAUAAAGUUUAACAUACAUAAACCGUCUUUAUUUGGUUUAGUAAAACAGUACCAACAUUUUGCUUAUGCUGUGAACAACUUUUGUUCUUAUAUAUGUAGCUGUUGAAGUGAAUAAUGUUAAAACAAUUAGUGAAAAUAUUUACCUUAAUAUGUGUCAGCAGCACUGGGAGUUUGGUUGCAAAAGGAGAUGAAUCAUCUAACAAUAGAAAAAUCGAGACGCUCACGGUCGAGAUCGGUGGUAAUAUAUAUCUAAUAUGGAACGAUGAAAAGCUAUCUUGGUGGGCUGCGCGGGAUUUUUGCACAGAACGGCAAAUGAAAUUAGUUAGUUUGCAGACUGAGGAAAAAUCCAAGCAAUUGAAUGAUUUCCUCCAAGCACACAAUUUAGUUGACUCGCCUGAAUUGGGUAAUGAUUUCAUCUACUGGACCUCUGGCACCGAUCAAAAGCAUGAUGGAAAAUUUGUUUGGAACGGUGCUGAAAAUGAAGAGUUUACGUUCACCAAUUGGCUACCUGGUAUGCCAGACAAUUGGCGUGGUGACGAGCACUGUGUAGAAAUAGGCUUCAAAGAAUUAGGUAAAUGGAAUGACAAUCGCUGCCGUUACCACCGACACUUCAUCUGCGAAGUUUCACAUCUUGUAAAUGCGGGAAUAGUAAAGAACAAUUGAAAUUGUUACAAAAUAUGGAGCGCUUAAAUGAAUAAAUUGGCAAUACUUAUAUAAAGACCUGAUAAGUUAUUUUCGAUCUAGUUAACACUGCAAUGCUGCACUUUUGUAUGCAC